GAUCCAUCUCACGUUAAUUUAAGAAUGAAUGGUUUGGAUAACUCAAGUGGUAACAUGUAUACGUGAAAAAUCAUAUUCACAGGUUUGGGACAGCCAGUUUGUCGUCUCCGUCCUCGGCGCGCGGACGUUUCUUGCGACUUGCGACUUUGGGAGCCUCGCACACCUGCACUUCUUUCUUCCAUUCCUCCACGGACUUGCUCCCUCCCCUGCUCGGGUGCUCCCGCAGCAGCCCGUGCAGCAGCUCCGGACGCCGAUGGACCCUCUGGCGUCGCUCGCCUCGGGCCUCUUCUCGGCCUUCUCGCCGCUGCUGUCGUCGUCGGCGCAGCACCAGCAGCAGCAGUUCCUGCUCCUGCCGCUCCCUGUCGCGGCGGCGCGCGCGCUCACCGUGCUCCGCCGCCUCCUCCUCUUCGCCACGCAGGCCUUCAUCUCCCUCUUCUUCAUGUUCCUGUCCGCGCUCGCGCCCGCGCCGCCACCACAGCCGCCGGCGCUCGCGCCCACGCUUCCGCGCGCGGAGCCGGGGUCCCCGGCGGGGGACACCUGCGUGGGGCGCGCGCUCGCGCACGUGCUCUCCGUGGCGUCAAGGCUCCCCGUCGCCUCUCGAAAGUACGAGCUGGUGCGGGGCCUCGCGGAGCGGCUGCUCGACGACAACGUGCGCGCGCGCGCCGGCGCCGUGAACCGGGCCGCGCUCGCCGGCGCGUUCGCGCGCACGCUGCGGCAGCUGGAGUCGGCGGCGGGAGGGGAGUGGCCCGGGAUGGAGCUGGCCGUGCGCGCCGUGAGGACGGGGGUGCGGUGGUGGAGGCCCGCCGCGGCGUCCUCGCUGGACGAAGGGUUCGGCGGGCCCGCGGCGGAGAAGCUCGCCGCCGAGCUGCUGUGGCUCGGGCAGAAGAUGGCCGAGUGCGGCGCGGCGCGCGAGGCCGUGGUGCAGUUCGGCGACGCGGCGAGGCUCGGGAGCCGCGCGCUCGUCGCCGAGCCGGCGCUACAGGUCUCGCUGCUUCGGCUCGCCGUGUUUUUGUUCCAGCACGCCAACUCGAGGGAGUUCGAGCAGGGUGCGGGAGGGAAGGACACGGGCGCGGUCGCCGAGCAGCGGAUGGCGAUGCUGCGGUCGUGGCUGCCGCUGCUGUGCCGCGGCAGCAACGGCACGGACGCGCCGGUGCUGACCGGCCGGGAGCGGGAGGAGAUGGUGGCCGUGCUGGAGGACCUGAUCGACAAGCUCAGCUGGGAGCAGCGGGAGGAGGUCCUCUCGCUCUGGCUGCACCACUUCGCCGCCUGCCCGGACACCGACUGGCCCAACCUCGAGUCCUCCUACACCCGCUGGUACGUCGAGUCGCGCAGGCUGCUCGCGUAGCUCAUCGCCUGCAGAGUGGAAACCAUGUAGCAUAUAACUCCAUAGAAGUGCUUGUGUAUGAAUGUAGUAUAGCAAAAAGGAAAAGUUCAUAUUGACAUUUGACUCCAAUUACAUAAUGAACGUAUGUAAUACUAUGCGUUUUUCCUUGCUUC